AUGGAUAAAAUCACCAGCUUUAAAAUUCAAGAAACCAACGAACCAGAAGAUGAAGAAGAAGAAGAGGCGUUAUCGCUCUGCGAUUUACCUCUAAACUCCGAUGAACCCAAGACAGAUAUUCAUCACCGCCGGAGAUCCUCCUCCCAGCUGCCGGAUUUCUUCGAGUUCUUCAACGAUCCCAUCUCCUCCGACGAAACCAACAUGUCACACGCGGAGGACAUAAUCUCCGGCGGCAAGCUCGUUCCCUUUUACAGGCAAUCGCCGCCUCUAAUUCCCGACGAUCAAACCCUGAAAUCUCUUUCCGCCGGAGAUGAAUACAACUCUGCAAACUUUUCUCGGCGGUACUGCGAUUCCUUGCCGGAGAUGAACCCCACGAGAUCAAACACGCACAGCGCCGACGCCGCCGCCGCUACAGAGCUGACGCGGAGCAGCCGUUCUCUGGACUGGAGAAAGCUUCGCCGGAAUUCGAGCCUGGUUAUGAAAUCCGAAGCGUCGGAUGUUCACCGGAGUCUGUCGAGCGGAUCGAGGCCCAGUAGGUGGUAUUCUUUGAUGUUUGGGCCGGUGAUGUUUUCGCCGGAGAUGGAUCUCCGGGACAUGAAAAGCCGGCAGGUUCGCCGGAAGGUGGCGGUGGAUGGCGGAGGGAAAUCUCCGGUUAACCGGAGAAGCUCGUGGGGUAAUGAUUUGCUGAGUGUAUUGAGUUGCAAGAAUCAUGCUAGCGUGGCGGUGGUCAAACCAUCGUCGGUUGGUUUUCUGCCACGUGUGUGAUAAUGACUGUCACGUGAGAAUUUAUUUUUCAGAGUCAAUAUAUGCAUUUACGUACGCAUAUAUACUUUUGUGCAAGAAUUUUGAUUUCAUUAAAAUAGAAAAGAAGUAAUUAGAUUUCAAUAAAAUAUUGUAUUUAUUUGUGUAUUUUUAUUUAUUUUGUUCCAAAGUAAAUGUGCAUUUUGCAUAUGUUUAUUCCGUAUUUUGAAUUCUGCU